AUGAAGAACGGAUGUAUUAAUGAACAUUUGGAAUCCAAAUUGGCUGAGCGCAGCGAACGUGCUAAGAAGGUUUAUCGAUAUGUGAGUGACGUUGCUCGACGCCUCAGUGAGGCUACAGCGGAAUGUCGAGUAAUCGCAGAUCUCUUUUCAACUAAUAUUGAGUGUUUACGUCAAAAAUUACGAGAUCAUUGUGAAAAAUUAUUCUUCUUAGAUCCAAUAAAUUAUGGUAAAAAGUCUUUAGAACUGCUUUGGCGCAAAGUAUAUUAUGAUACAGUUAGUGCUGCUAAAAAGCUGCGUGAAUCUGAUAAUGGAUGUGAUAACAACUUGUUUACCCAUAUUGUUUGUGGUAUUGGUCAUUUCCACCACUUAAUGAUAAGAGUACAAUCUGAAAUGAAUAUAGAAUUGAAAAAUUUAGAUUUUUUACCUCUGUAUUUUGAGGAUGAGCAAGAAGAGAAUUUACAAGAUAAGAUAAUACAGGAAGAUUACCAACUGGGCAAAUCAGUGCUAUAUUCUUGUUUAAUAUACCUUGGUGACUUAAGUCGUUACCAAGUUGAAAUAUUUAAUACCUUUGAGUCAUCUUUAGCAGCUCGUUAUUAUCUUCAAGCUGCUCAAAUUGAUUUAACUUCUGGUAUGCCAUUCAAUCAACUUGGGAAUCUUUAUUUGGAUAAAAAUUACAAUUUAGAUUCAGUGUGCUACUACAUACAUUGUCUUAAUACUUUGACACCAUUUGAAGGAGCUAUGGGCAAUUUAAUUAAAAUUUUUGAAAAGAAUGUUCAAUUUUGUGAUGCAAUAACUAAUACAGAAUCUUUAACACAAACUGAGCAUAUGCAAAUGACUAUGGCAAACUUUUUGUCAUUGAUUGAAAUAUGGUAUUUAGGUAAAGAUGACAUUAAUAUUCCUAAAAUUUGUAACACAAUAGCUCUUCAACUUAAAAUAGCUAUGGACUUUAACAAAAUGCCACUUCCAGAUAUAAAUAAAAAUUAUACUGAAUAUACACAAGCAGUAGAAGAAGAAAAUGUGAACCCAUCUUAUUUGAAUCCAAGUAUUAUACAUAAUAUUGUACGAAUCUGUCUGUUCACUAUAGCUAAGUUAAAUGAAACUGAUGAAUCUAAAGCCUUUGCAUGUAAAGCUUUUACUCUUGCAUUUCUUUCCCAAGUACUUCAAAAACUGCUUAAACAGGUUGAAUCAUUUGGGCUUAAGAAUCCAGCACAUAAAUAUAAUGAAAGAUUUGCGUCAAAAUUUAAAAGGCAAAUGGAUAAUAUUGAAGUGACAACGCAAACAUGUGAAGAAUCAAAUGAGCCCGCGAUAGAUGAUAUAAAGCUUACAAAUGGAGACAAAAAUGAUCAUGAAGAAAAUUUUGAUAAAGAGGUUACAUCAGAAAAAGAAAUAACCACAUUACAUAAUGGAGAUGCUAAGAACACUAAAAAAACAACAACAAAACGACGUAGAAGACGCCGCGUUGCGUCAUCUGAAAGUUCAGAUAUGAGUGAUAUAGAAACUGAGAGCAGUGGAGUUGAUUCAGACAAAUCAGAUUCUGAAGAAGAAGAACUGUCUGAUUCAACUUUUCAAUCUGAUGAUGAUUCUAAAAGUGAAGGCUCUGUUUAUGACUAUUCAGAUAAUGAUGAAACUAAUAUUCAAAUAAAUGGAGGAGCAGAAGAAAAUAUUGACGAGAGUAAAAAUACUAAUAAGAUUAGUGCAAGUAAUGAAGUUAACAAUUCCCUACAAGAGUUAGUUACUGAGAAUGAAAAAGAUAAACUGGUUAUUUCUGAUGUAGAAAACUUUUUUUUGGGUGACAACAUUUUACCUAGUUUAAAACUAUUACAAGACUGGGUUUUGACUGAAAAAGACCUGAUUUUAUCUUGUGGAGACAGUGGUGAGGCUCUGUUUCAAUGUAUUGUGGACUUACUUAACAUUUUCCUAUUUUACUUUAAUCCAAAAAAUAAUGAAGUGAAAAAUCUAGGAUGUAGAAUUUUGAUCCAUGCUAAGAAAUUAGCUAAAAAGCUAAAGCUUGAAUACAAAUCUAUACCAUUGCCUGAAGAUAUUAACCUGCGAGGAACAGACAUCUGCAAAUUUGAUAAAGAUGCCACCGAAUGGCAAAUGAUGGAAAAGUUUAAGCCAACAAUAAUAGAAGAAAAUGUUAUAAGGAUUUUGAAUUUUAUAGAUUUUGGAUAUCAUACUGCAAAAAUCAUACCAAGAAUCAGAUACAAUAGAUCACUCAAGAUAUUUUAUUUCAAGAAGGUUCUCCCCCCAAAAGUGAACACCAAAAUGAAUCAUAAGAAAAAUCGAGAGUGGCAUAAUUCAAAGAAACAGGCGGAGUCAGGUGAGAGUGGCUUGUUGCGUCGGCUAGGGCGUCUCUGGCUGGCGUCGCAAGUGCGGGAACUAGAGCGUACGAAACAAACAGACGUGCCAUCCCUCCUCGCCAUAGACACCGCAACACUCUACAAACACCUACGGAGAGUUAAACAGCUGUUAAGGACACGCAAUUUCAUAUUCCUCGUGCCAACAGUUGUAUUUCAAGAAUUGGACGAGUUGAAACGAGAGAAGAGUUCUGCCCGUGACGCCAUCCGCUGGCUGGAGGUGCAACUGAAAAGUGGCUCACGGUUCCUUCGAACGCAACGCCCGGGGCAGAGCAGACCGCUCCCUCUAUUAAAGUACCCACGGAAAGCGCCACCUCACGUACACAAUUUCAUACAAAUACUGGAAUUUUGCAAUCACUUCAUGGAUGAAAAGCAAAAUCAAGGCGGCAACGGUGACCCUGACGCGUCAUACACAAAGUCUGCCCCACUCCUCAUACUACUUGUUGGUAACGAACUGGGAAAGAGUGAUGAUGAGUAUAAAGAGUUUAGUGUGACUGGCGCGGCGCAAGCCUCUGGGAUACCUAUCAAAUAUAUAGGGGAUUUUUACACAAAAUGGCGUCAAACUGUCCACAAGAGCAAGAAAAGA